ACCAGUUCCCAAGGAAUGGGUGGAGGAGGGUGCGAGUGUUUAACAGCCAUUACUGCGAGACCGCAUGGAGUAACUGGAUGGAGUGAUGGUGGAUCAAAAGUAGGAGCGGCAGCUUCAAAUGGGCAGAGUUUGGGUGUGAGUGUUCAAAAUCAUUACUGCUGAAGCUCAAUGGAGGUGGGUGGAGUGAUGUGAGACUUCUGCAGUAAUGACGAGGAGCACCGCUUUCUAGUGUCGAACUACGUCUGCUAGAAGGGAAGGGGUUUGGUAUACUUGAUUAGAGAAGAUCGUUACCAUGCACGUUCCCAUGCACGUUCAAAUACUCUCACUAUCACUAGUGGGAGAAGAGGUCCGUUCAGAUCGAUCGGUGAUGAUGGCUUUCGGUGUUAUGGCAGAUGAGGACAAGGAAGGGGUGGGGAUGAUGGAAAUCAUUGACUUGAUGGAUUCCAGACGACGCUCCGCCCAUGACGGUUUUCGAGUGCGAAUUUUUGCUCCAGACUUCGAACCCACUCCGACGCCAUGGAUUGCCCAUGAUCAUGUGUUGAUGGUGCCACAUUCGAUCGUUUCCGCUUCCUUUUUGAACACCUCCCCAACCAAGUCCUUCUACUACCGAGCUAGAAGCGGAGGAGGAUGGAAGUUUUGUACCCCAUCCCCAACUCCAAAACGUGACCGUCACCUGACCUGCGUUGAACGACACGGGAACACCCUCCGAUCCUACCCGUUUAUCUUAUCUCCUGAAAUGUUCUCCUGAAAUCCACCUACUGAUUCCUCGUAUUCCGUAACUUCUUACCGCCACGUCCGCUUUGCUAGCAAGGACCCUAGGGUCGCCCGGAGGCUAAGGCUCUCCUUUUGA